AUGCCCAGACUUUUAGGGGCCGCUAGCGCAUUGACAACCUCUAGCCCGCAAAAUGGUCAGGCCACGCUCACUCGCCAAUUUGACUGGACCCCUAAACGCGACCACCCCGCUCAACCCUCCCAGUUCGAGGCCAUUGGAAACAAGGUUGACAAGGUCGCCGGCCCCGGAGAGAGCGGCGAUGUCGACGACGACGACGAGAAGGUUGUUCAGGAAAUUGAGUCCCUGUGCAUGAACUGCCACGAUAAUGGCGUCACGCGACUAUUCCUCACGGCGAUCCCUUACUUCCGCGAAAUCAUUCUCAUGUCUUUUGAGUGCGAGCACUGCGGCUUCCGCAACAACGAGAUCCAAACCGCCUCCGAAAUACAAGUCAAGGGCAGCUACUACGAGCUUAGGCUCACAGACAUGGCUGACUUCUCCCGCCAAGUUGUCAAGGCUGACACCGCCACCGCAAACAACAUCGAGGGUCUAUUGCGCACCGUUGUCGACGACCUGGAGCUCGCCCAGGAUCAGCGCAAGGAGCAAGACCCCGAGAACUACGAGAAGAUUGCUGCCGUGAUCCAAAAGGGCCGCGAUAUGCUCGAGGGCAAGUCCUUCCCCUUCCGCAUCACCAUUGACGAUCCCGCCGGCAAUUCCUUCAUCGCCCCCAACCUGACCGAUAGCGUCGGCAAAUGGGAGAAGCACGAAUUCGUCCGUACCCCCGAGCAGAACGCUGCCCUUGGCCUGUCCGCCGGUGAUGGCUCCGCGCCUGCCGGCGCCUCCGCCCAGCCCGGGCUUACCGCCGAGGGCGACAUCAUCCCCGACGAAGUUUACAGCUUCCCCGCCACCUGUCCCGGCUGCACCCACAACUGCACGACCCACAUGAAGAUGGUGGAUAUCCCCCACUUCAAACAGGUUGUCCUCAUGUCCACUGUAUGCGACGACUGCGGGUACCGCUCCAACGACGUUAAGACGGGCGGCGAGAUCCCCGAACUGGGCGAGCGCAUCACCCUCAAGGUUACCGAGUCCCGCGAUCUAGGCCGCGAUAUCCUCAAGAGCGAGACAUGCGCCCUUGAAUCCCCGAGCUUAACCUCUCCGUCAACCCCGGCCUUCUUCGACGGCCUCGACGCCGCUAUCAACGGCGAAAAGCAGUUCACCAUCAUCCUCACCGACCCGCUCGCCAGCAGCUACGUCCAAUCCCUCGUAGAGCCUCCUCAGCCCGAUCCGCAAAUCACCAGGGAGAAUUAUACCCGUACUCAUGAGGAAGAGGAGGAUCUUGGCCUGAACGAUAUCAAGGUCGAGGGCUACGAGAACGAUGUCAAGGUCAAGGGGAUGAAGAGACCAAGGCUGAGGAGACCACGGCAGAGAACAAGCCUGAGGCCGCGUAGCCGCUAG